AUGACGGACGAAAUUCGGACGAAGAUCGUCAAUAUGCACAACUAUCGCAGUAGCACAUGGUCUCUUUGGUCACCUGGACCACCGAGUGUUAACCACGAGUCGAGGGAAUUUUGGUCGUUACGGUCGAGACUUGCGCAAGGUCUAGUGCCGAAUGCUUGGACAAGCAGAAAUGCUCCUCCAGGAACGAAUAUAUAUCAACUGAAGUAUAGCAUGGACCUCGAAUACGGAGCUCAAAAUUUUGCGGAUUCCUGCCUAAACGAUGGCUCCUCUACGACGACAAAUAACUUUGGCCAAAAUUUUGUAAUGGUAUCUUCCAGCGUGGCUACGACAUACGAAGCCAUUAUUGAUGCAGUGAAAUCGUUUUGGCGUGAGAUUAAACGGAUUGGUGUCAAUGGCGACAUGAUGUUCACUGAGCAUCUUUCAUACAGGCAACCCGCACCUCUCAACUUUACCCAAAAGUAUAGCAUGGACCUCGAAUACGGAGCUCAAAAUUUUGCGGAUACCUGCCUAAACGAUGGCUCCUCUUCGACGACAAAUAACUUUGGCCAAAAUUUUGUAAUGGUAUCUUCCAGCGUGGCUACGACAUACGAAGCCAUUAUUGAUGCAGUGAAAUCGUUUUGGCGUGAGAUUAAACGGAUUGGUGUCAAUGGCGACAUGAUGUUCACUGAGCAUCUUUCAUACAGGCAACCCGCACCUCUCAACUUUACCCAA